UAAAAGACUUGCUUAUACAUGAAUGGCUCUUACAUGAUUAUGGUUGAGAAUAAUAGUGGUUGAGCUAAGUUGAGAACAAUAGUGCGUACAAUCUUAUGACAAUUGCAUUUAUACUUUCUAGUAACAUCAACAAAACUUAACUGAUUCUUAUAGAUUCUCAAAAAAAAAAAAAACGGUUUAAAUUUUGAACAGAAAUAUGCAAACUCGGACUGACUCCAAAAAUGUGUGUGAAGUUUCAUCGAGAGCGUCAUCAGAUGGUCAAAACAUAUUAGUGAGACUGCGAAAGGAUUCUUUGUUUCGUAAGAAAAUGCUUCUUACUAUGGCAGUUUGCUGGACAUACGUGAUCUUAGGAUGGGUGAUUUUACAAAUCGGGACAGCCCUUCCAGAUCUUCGGCAAAUGUUGGACAUAAAUCUUGAAACUGCUUCGUGGAUAUUUUCAACUUGGUCAAUAGGUUACAUGGCUGGAUCGUUAGUUUGUGGCGUGCUGUAUGACAAAAUAAAUCGCUUGUUCCUGAUGUUUUUUUGCUCAGCCGGGACUUCGGUGUGUAGUAUUUGCCUGCCACAGUUUAAAUCAUUUACUAUGACAAUUGUUUUCCGGGCGCUGACAGGAGUUUUCUGUGGCGGACUCGACACGGGUGCAAAUACUAUAAUUCCAUCGACAUGGGGAUCAGAUGCUGGACCCGCUAUGCAGGCUUUAUAUUUGUGUUACAGCAUCGGUGGUAUUGCUUCCCCUCUUGCAACAGAACCGUUUAUGUCCCCCAAACUAAAGAAAGAGCCAGCUAAAAAUGACGGCCUAACAUUUGUGACAAAAACGUAUGAGGAAAAUAACACAGCUUAUUCCAAAAUAAACAUUUUUGAACAAUAUGAUGAAAAUGUAACUUACUUCAGAAACUAUUCCGAACAAGUCGAGGGGAUUAAUGACGUUUUACCAUUAGCUAAAGCAAAUGUCACAUCAGUUCAACUUAAUGAUAUGUCUGUAGAUACACUGUAUAACGGGAAUAUACAUAAAGCAUUCAUUUUAACAUCCAUAUUAGUAUUUAGUUCAGCCAUUUUUUUCUUAAUUAUGCUUGUAAUAGGGGGCUACGACCACAGGAUAACGUCAAGCACCACUCCUUGCGAUAAUCCGCAAGAGGAAAGUGAUCCCCUACAAGAAAAAUCUGACGUUUUGGUAAAAACACAUAGAAAUGAGAUCGUAGGUAGCCGUAAAUAUCUGGUUCUGGCAUUUGUUGCAGGUAUCAAUUUGGUGUAUAGUGCCACAGAAGAUGGUCUAGGAGAUUUUCUCGUCACAUUUUCUUUAAACUAUCUUGAAUGGGAGAAUUCCUCGUCUGUUAGAUUGGUAUCUCUCUACUGGGGUAUAAAUUGCAUUGGCGGCCUUGGAGGGGUCUUCCUGGCUAAAAAAAUUCGGCCGACAAAGUUACUUUUUCUUGCACACUUGCUUUGGAUAGCUUCUUUCCUCGUGGCUUUACUUGCUAGCUUGUAUAGAAUAGACAUUUUGCUGACGAUAUUUGUUUCGGGCUCCGGCUUAUUCAUGACACUAAUUAUACCCGCUGUUAUAUCAUGGACAGAGGAGAAUGUAUGCCGUAUUACAGGGCGUAUAUCUUCCUUGUUUAUGAUUGCAACAGGCUGUGGCAUUGCUGCAAAUCCAAUGUUCAUAGGAUAUAUGAUGGAACAAUAUACCUAUGUUUCUUUCCUUUUCAUUCUUUUCUUUGAGUCUACACUCUGCUUUUUGUUUUACAUAUCAGCAUUCAUCUCUCGGUAUCUCAAAAACGGAAAAGAUACUAGUAGUGAUUUAAAGUUAGAAACUAUGAAGUCUGAGACAGCUGACAAUUCUCAAAAACGAAAAUAGAAAAUACAAAUACUUUUAUUAUACUGCCAUAACAUGAAUGUUAUAUAUUGAAUGCAUACUACGUCAUAAAGAAAAUAAUUCAGUAGAAGAAUAAGCUUUCGCUUUUUUGUUUAAUGAAUCCAUUUUAGCAGCAUCUCUAAACCCAGUAUCAAGUAAUGCUAUGAAAUACAUAGGCCUUUGUUAGAAAUCUGAAUUUUCAAUGCAUUUGUCUUGAGGAAACCCUUUCGAAGCUAUGACAAUGUCCGUCUUAAGGAACAUUAAGACUUGGUACAAUAAAAAGUGUGUUUCUUUUGCGACGUGCUAGGAAAUUAUUGAUAAUGUGUGUUAUACCUCUGUGUAAACUGCUUAACAGUAACUAGAAGAGUUGACCAGAAUAGUCAGUAUACUCAGUCUAUACAACUGCCAUUAAUAUUUUAGACUGCCUCUGUGUAAACUGGUUAAAAGUAACCAGCAGAGGUGACCAGAUACCUCCUCGGUCUAUACAACUGCCAUUAAUAUUAUACUGCCUCUGUUUAAACUGGUUAACAGUAACCAGCAGAGUUGACCAGAUACCACCUCGGUCUAUACAACUGCCAUUAAUAUUGUAAACUGCCUCUGUGUAAACUGGUUAACAGUAACCAGCAGAGUUGACCAGAUACCACCUCGGUCUAUACAACUGCCAUUAAUAUUGUAAACUGCCUCUGUGUAAACUGGUUUACAGUAACCAGCAGAGGUGAACAGAUACCUCCUCAGUCUAUACAACUGCCAUUAAUAUUUAAGACUGCCUCUGUGUAAACCAGUUAACAGUAACCAGCAGAGUUGACCAGAUACCUCCUCAGUCUAUACAACUGCCAUUAAUAUUUUAGACUGCCUCUGUGUAAACCAGUUAACAGUAACCAGCAGAGUUGACCAGAUACCUCCUCAGUCUAUACAACUGCCAUUACUAUUUUAGACUGCCUCUGUGUAAACUGGUUAACAGUAACCAGCAGAGUUGACCAGAUACCUCCUCAGUCUAUACAACUGCCAUUAAUAUUUUAGACUGCCUCUGUGUAAACUGGUUAACAGUAACCAGCAGAGUUGACCAGAUACCUCCUCAGUCUAUACAACUGCCAUUAAUAUUUUAGACUGCCUCUGUGUAAACUGGUUAACAGUAACCAGCAGAGUUGACCAGAUACCUCCAUGAUAAAUAGUCAAUACACUCAGCCUAUACAACUGCCAUUAAUAUUUUAGAUUAUGUAAUCGACUUUCAGAUUGCAAGGUCAAAGAUCUGGAUAAUAUCUGCUUUUUCUUUGUUCUUUGUGGAAUAGUUUACCUAAAAAUAUCAGAAUCAUUGAGGUUUUGACACGUUCAGUUAAAAGUCAACGAAUAUUCAGUGGUUUACGGAUUAGUUUUAUGUUGUUUUAUUGUAUACUAACGAAUUUUCUGUCGGAAAUGUAGCACGCAUUUCACUGACGAGUACACAAUCCUGUAUUCAACUCCCAUCGGAUACGGAAAAUAUUCAGUGAUAGGACUGCUUACCUUCGCCGUGACGUCAGAAAUGAAAUCCAGGUCUGCAUAAUUUUUUCAAGAAAAUGCUGCCUUGUCUCAUUAUCAUUAUGUGAUAUAAAUUACCGUAUUAACUAGACAUUUAUGCGUUAUGAUAUGUAGAUCUUAUAAUAUAUUUUAUUUCAGACAACUAAUCAAAGUUUCACCCAAACACUUGUGAAACUUUAUAGGAGUUUCGAUAAACAUUAACACAAUUAUAUAGCAAUAUUUACCAAAUAUAUGUGAUCUCUGUUAAAUGUAUACAUGUUUAUAUAUUCAAUAUUUACUUUCUUUUUCAUAUAAAAAUUGAUUGUUGUUAUAUAUACAUUGUAUGUGUUUUUUUUAUUUCAAGUAGAUAUUCUUGAUUAAGGUAGUUCUGCACGUUUGAUAAACCGGAAGUAAUGGUGUAACGUCAUUGAUCGGGAAAACGUAGAAUAAAAUCUGGAUUCAGUGUACGGAAAUGAAAAUCGUUUUAUGAAUAAAUGGUGACCCGUGAUUAAAUUUAUUAAAAUGGCAAUGACCGAUAAUUGUAUUGAAAUGAUAUUAUUAUUCAACUAUAGAAUUCAUGCGAUAUAAUGUUCCUGUUUUGUAUAGUUUUUCUUUGAGCUGCACAAUGUUACGUGAAGCUUUUGGUUUGUAUAUGUGAUUUUAAAAGAACUACAUGUUGUAAGACCACUGCCUAUGAAUUUAGAAAUGUAUUGUUUGAUGGUUUGCUUUGAAUAAACAUUUACAUAAUGUU